AUGGCGGAAGUGGACAACAACAACAAUAAUAAUAAUGGUUGCUCCAGCAAUAAUAUCUCUCCUGAAAAGCAUCAGGAACAAACUCAAUACGAAAAACUAAUCACAUCAUUACCUCUGCGGUGGGAAAUCGAAUUAGAAUUUGUCCAAUCAUUAUCAAACAUCCCCUACGUGAAUUACCUUGCUCAGAAUAACUAUCUACAGGACACUCGGUUUAUAAAUUACUUGAAAUAUCUAGAAUACUGGACCAAGCCAGAGUAUUCCAAGUUUUUAGUAUACCCCAACUGCUUACAUAUUUUGAAAUUGUUACAACUGGAGAAAUUCCGCAAGGAUAUUGUUAAACCUGAAGUUAUGAAUGUUUUAAUGAAUGAUAUGGUAAAAUUAUGGCAGGAGUAG